GUCAUGGCUUGUCCCAGAUCCACAGAUCAUUUUUUAAAAAUUGGAACAGCAUCGUCCAAUGAAGCGUGAGGUCGGAGAUUGCCCGGAUGAAAGUCCGGAAGCGACCUAUGCUAGGGAGCUACGUUCAUGCUAGGGACAGAGGCACAUAGCUAACGUGAGGAUAUUUAGUGAGGUUGUACAUCAUGCAGUAUCGCAGCUAGUGGUUGUCCUAUGAGCAGGAUCUCGUUAUAGAACACGAAUAUACCCAGAACGGAGAGGAGUUUGGGGCGUGGCCUGUGGCAGGGGGUGUGCGGUGGGUGGAGCCGAGCUUCAUGGUCGUGAGUUGGGCUGCCUCAUGGAUGAGGGACUGUCACGCAGCGAAGAAGUGGUGAGGCAAGUACUGGGUGGGAGCGUAGUCGGGGGCGGGGACCUGUGCAACAGCAUUGGCUACAGCCCGCACAGCUCCGAUGAGAACCAGAACCGCCUUCGGGACGAAGAGGUAGAAGAGGAGGGCGUGGAUGGGCAGCUGCAGGGAGGACAGCAGGACUCCAUGAAUAACAAUGAGAAAAUGGACAACAGACCCUGCCCCCCAAACCUGGAUGCCCAACACAAAGACUCCUCCUCAGCCAGCGCACUGCACAGCACAGACACGGGUGAAGCACACAGCACAGACCCAGGUGUGCCUGGGGACUGUCCUUCUGUGUGUCCAUUGACUGGUUCCUCCAACCCUCUAGGAGACAAAGCAGAGGGUUCCCCCAAAAGUGCCCCUGCCCCUGAUCCCUCCUCGCUGCUAGCCUUGUUACGGGAGCUGCAGGAAGAUGGUGACCAUCCCCGGCUCCCCCAACAGCUGCACCAGAUAGCUGAGGCCUACUUCCUUGAAGAAGAUUACGAGCAGGCGCUGCAGUUCGUCCAGCUGGAGAGGCUGUACCAGGAGCGGCUGCUGUCCAACCUCGCCGCCCUGCAGGAGCACUGGGAGUCCAGAUGGAACGCAGGCCGCCAGGGCGAGAGCCAGCCCCAGGGACACGCCUGCACUGAUCUGAGGUCAGCUCAGCUGGAGACCCUGAGCCUGAUCUGCAGGACACACCAGCGACCUUCGCUCAGUGUGGAAAAGCGUUCGGCCGUGGACAAAGCGCCGAAAAGCAGAACUCGGACCGGGGAAGAGACGGCGGACGGCACCUUGCUUCCAUGCAGCGCGCGCAGCGGUACUGAAUCUGGACGGCUGAUGGAGGAGCAGCAGGCCACUGAGGAGGUGCGCCCGGCACAGGGCACGGAGGGCCAGAGCGAGGACGCUUCCACGCCGGACCACCAGAGGGCGCCGCUAUGCAAUUCUGACUCCUCGCCCCCUCUCGUGGACACGCCCACUUCGCCCGUGCCCGGCUCCGUUGACUGUGGUGGUGAGGGCGGCGACGGAGAUGCCAAAGAGGUGCCGGGUGGUGAAGAGCAGCUGACUGACAACUCGUCGUUGGUCAGACCGGGCCCCACCGUUCCCCUCUUGGAAACCCCAUCUCUGGGGGUUGAACCAGAGAUGGAGGAGGGGUGUGGUUCGCAGGCUGGUGCUGAAUGGGUGGGGGUGGAGCCAGUCACCACGGGGACAGGAGACAGACAAGGGGACUCGCCCACUGGGGUGGACUCAGACCUGCUCCGCGCACAGGAGCUUGAGUUGAGGGAGGGAGGGGAUGAGGAGGUGGAGACGGAGGACGUCCCAGAAGACGACUUUGAGGCAGAGGAGGAUGAGUUUGGGGACGAGACUCUUGCUGUGUCAGGAAUGGGAGCGGCUUCGCUGGACGAACUGGCCAAAAGAAUAAAGGUGGAGCAGACUGCUCCCACGCCGGGCCUAGUCUCCAUCCUGAAGAGAAGGUCGUCGCUGGAGGGGUCCCCACCCCAGCCCCCGGACCCGCCAAAACAGGUUCCCAAGCGCAAGGUGCGCUUCAGCGAGCCAGAGGACAUGGCGGAUCCAGAUGAUGUGGGCCUGGACUCCUGUCUGCUCCUCCUCCUGCUGUGCAUGGUCACCAUGGUGAUCAGCGUGGGCGGGACGGCGCUGUACUGCACCCUGGCCGACGCCCAGUCCAGCGUGUGCUCCGACUUCUCCCGCAACGUGGACUUCUACCUGGGCCAGGUGCAGCGGGGCGUGGACGAGAUCCGCCACUGGCUCUCCCCCGGCUCGUAGCGGGACGGCGGGGGUGGGAGGUGGGAGGGAGGGAGGCCCCUCUUCCUCGCGUCUUUGCCCCGUCGUUCUACUCAACCUCUCCUCGUCCCUCUCACCCGGCCCAGUCCGCUUCUCCUUCGGACUACAAAGGCAAAGCCUGCAGUGUGUCUGAGAAUGACAGCAUCAGUGACUGUGUGUGUGUGUGUGUGUGCGUGCGUGUGACUGUAUGACAUCAUUAGUGACUGUGUGUGUGUGUGUGUGUGUGUGUGUGUGAGCAUGUGACUGUAUGACAGCAUUAGGUACUGCGUGUGUGUGUGGGUGUGCGCACGCGCGUGUGACUGUAUGACAGCAUUAGGUACUGCGUGUGUGUGUGUGUGUGUG